CUAAUGAAUGCGACGUUACACGCUGAGUGGAACGAAGAAGACCUAGCUGUAUUCCUGUGGAAGAUAUUGAGAUAAAAAACACUCAAUGCUAUCCGAACUUGGGAACUUUGCAGCAAAGAUCAGUCAUACAAGCAAGUCUACAUAUCAUAUGUGCAUAGGUUGUGUAACACAUUUUUACGAAGCUCGUGAAAGUGCACACAAUUUACUCUUAUCUUCAUAAGGAGAAAAAAGAUUGAGACGAUGUCGUUUACUAUCGAGGCCUUGCUGGGAAUUCAGCCUAAAAUAGAAAGUGAAAAUUCUCUCGACACAAAUUCCCACAGUCGUGUUAUUUUUGAUGAGGCAAUAUACGAAGAUUCUGAAUGUGGUGUUGAUAUAAACAAAAACAUUGAUAAACUCGAAAGAGAUGACGAGACAGUUCCUUGUGAAAUGACGAUAAACCAGACGAUUGGUAAACGACGGAUACAAAAGCUGAGACGACGGAGAACCGUGUUUUCAAGUAUGCAGCUGCAUUAUCUAGAGCAGAAAUUUCUUGACAAUCAUUAUCUCACCAUUCCCGAGAGGGACUCGCUUGCGCAUGCUCUCAAUCUCAAUAGUAAACAAGUCAAAACAUGGUUUCAAAAUCGACGAACAAAAUGGAAGCGAGAUGGUUCGGUAAACUCAGGUGAUCUACCCUCGACUUCGUUGAGCUCACCUCAAAUGACUUCGUUUCCUGUAAAUUCCUUACAUAUGACAUCGUUACCCCUAGUGACGCCGCCGUCAUCUUUUACGUCAUAUAAAUCUAUGACGUCACUUCUUGCACAUCAACAUGUAAAACCAUCACCAGUGAUGUCAUCAUUUCCACGUAUGACAUCGAUCCACGGACAAACUUUGCCAUUAUCUGCAACAAAUUAUCGAUAUCCAAUUCUUAGAUUGCCUUUUUCACAUCAGUCAAUGGAUUUUUCUCUAAAGCAAGCACGAUAUGCGUAGUAUUAAACGUUUGUUUAACGUAUCUGUAAAUAUAACUAUAUAUAAAUAAAUACAUUUGUAUGGGUUGAAUUUUCA